CCAAAACCCCAAUACUACUGUAGCAUCAAAGUAACCGUUACAAGGACCCUAAAAUCUUCAUCUCUGCGAAAGAGCCCUCUUCUUUACUUCUCCAUUGAAGACCCUGAUUCUUGAAUCUUGAAUCUUCAAAACCCUAAUCUUAAUUUUGUUGAUUCUAUCAACAGAGAGAACCCAAGAAUGGAUUCAACUCAAAGAGUGAAAAGUGGGAUAAAUCUCCCAGUUGGAAUGGCUCAAACUUCAUUACAUUUGGAAACAACAUUUAGAGCUGUAUCAAAAUUGACAUCACCAUCAAAGAAAACAAUAUACAGUGAUAGAUUUAUCCCUUGUAGAUCAUCAUCCAGACUUGAUACCUUUGAGUUGAUUGAUAAACCCUCACCUGUUAAAGAAGGCGGAAAUGAAGCUUAUUCUAGAUUAUUAAAAGCUGAACUUUUUGGUCCUGAAUUUGCUUCUGAUUCUCCUGGCGGUGGUCAAGCUGGUUCGCCUAUUAGUCCUAAUAAGAAUAUGUUAAGGUUCAAGACCGAGCCUUCUUCACCUUCUUCACCUUAUUCUCCCUCAAUUCUAGGUCAUGAUAAUGGGAUCUCUAGUGAAGCUUCUACGCCUCCGAAACCACCUAGGAAAGUACCUAAGACUCCACAUAAGGUUUUGGAUGCACCUUCACUUCAAGAUGAUUUCUACCUGAAUCUUGUUGAUUGGUCCUUACAAAAUGUUCUUGCUGUUGGAUUGGGUACUUGUGUUUAUCUAUGGACUGCUUCGACUAGCAAGGUGACGAAAUUGUGUGAUUUGGGACCUGAUGAUGGUGUAUGCUCGGUUCAAUGGACUCGCGAGGGAUCAUAUCUGUCUAUUGGAACAAAUCAUGGGGAAGUUCAGGUUUGGGAUGGCACUCAGUGCAAGAGGGUUCGUACUAUGGGCGGACAUCAAACAAGAACAGGUGUUUUGGCGUGGAGUUCACGUAUACUCUCUUCUGGCAGUAGAGACCGUAACAUACUUCAACAUGAUCUUCGUGUUUCAAGUGACUUUGUUAGCAAGCUUGUGGGGCAUAGGUCUGAGGUUUGUGGGCUGAAAUGGUCCCAUGAUGAUAGGGAACUUGCAUCAGGUGGAAAUGAUAAUCAGCUCUUAGUUUGGAACCAGCAUGCAACUCAGCCAGUCUUAAAAUUUACACAGCACACAGCUGCCGUCAAGGCCAUUACCUGGUCACCACACCAAAAUGGCCUUCUUGCAUCGGGCGGAGGAACUGCUGAUCGGUGCAUUAGAUUCUGGAACACCACAAACGGAAACCAGUUGAAGAGUGUGGAUACAGGCAGCCAGGUCUGCAAUUUAGUAUGGAGUAAGAAUGUCAAUGAGAUAGUCAGCACUCAUGGCUAUUCCCAGAAUCAAAUUAUGGUGUGGAAGUAUCCAUCAAUGUCAAAGGUAGCAACCCUGACAGGUCAUACCAUGCGAGUACUUUAUCUUGCAACAUCACCCGAUGGGCAGACAAUUGUAACUGGAGCUGGGGAUGAGACACUGCGAUUUUGGAACAUCUUUCCUUCUAUGAAAGCACCGGCAUCUAUGCGAGACAGUGGACUUUGGUCUCUUGGACGAACACAUAUUCGAUAGCAAGUUGAUUGCAUAUAACAGCGGCAGACAUUUUUUUUUUUUUUAUAAAUGGAAAGUUAACUGCAGGUUUUAUGUCAGUUUUAUUCGUUUCCAGUGAAGUAUUUGAUAAUCCCAUUAAUCAUGUAAAAGAAAGAAAAAAGAAAGAAAAUUGCAGUGUGUUGUAAAGGGUUUCUUGAUCCAAAAUAUAUACAGUAUUCAAGAACUUGCACUAAAUUAAGGAUUUCUUGAUCCGAAACAUAUUUAAA